CAAGGGUCAACAACUGUAAAAGGAGAAAACAAUCCAUUUGGAAAGUCCCGUCGUGUCGUGUCCUGUUUCCAGGUGCCGAUCUCCUUGUGCCGGCAAAACCUCCGAAGCUCAUCCGCCCCAUUAUUAUCAGAUUGUCAACUUGGCCAAAUGAAGCAUCUCCAGAUCAUCAUCAACUCCUCUUGAACAUCCUUCAGGUAGUACCUUUCUGAGAAUGAUUUUUUCUUCAUCACCAGGGGACUUUGCAUUAAGCUGAUAAUCUUAUCAAAUUUCAUGCAGUUACAGAGUUUUCCCACUCUCAGCUGAAAUGGUCUGUAGGGACAAUAGCCCCCGUGAUGAGAUUUACAGCUUAAUCUGGAAUCAAGAUUUUUCGCGAUGCGAAUAGUGUCAAAUGACAGUCUGGUAGUGGAUAGUUCAGAAAUAGAGCCCAUCUUAUCUCAUAUUGCCAUUGUCGAGGAAUCUGAGGACACUUCACCUUCAACUGAAAUUACAUCCAGCGAAGAUUGUUUGGAGACUGCUGGUCACCUGCCAAGUGUGGAAGUUGACGGAAUUCAAUCUUUGUCACAUGCAGAACUAUCCCAAUGUCGCAUAUGCCUGGACAGUGAAGGAGAAGAUCUGAUUGCACCCUGCCACUGUAAAGGAACCCAAAAGUAUGUCCAUAGAUCAUGUCUUGAUAACUGGAGAUCAACUAAGGAGGGCUUUGCUUUUGCUCACUGUACUGAAUGCAGGGCAAAGUUCAUAUUACGGGCAAACGUCCCACCUGAUCGCUGGUGGCUGAGGCUAAAAUUCCAGUUUCUUGUGGCUAGAGAUCAUGCAUUCAUUUUUCUCAUUGUCCAGUUGAUUGUAGCAUUCUUAGGAGUACUUGUGUACAAAUUUUACGGGGAGGAACUAAGGGAAAUGUUUGGCUACCGAGAGCAUCCAUAUGGCUUUUAUACAAUGGCAGUUUUGGCAAUCAUAUUGGUGGGGUUGCUUUAUGGUUUCUUCAUAGCAAUAAUUUGUGGACAGAGAAUUAGUGAACGUCAUUAUCACGUUCUUGCCAAAAAAGAACUCACAAAGGAAUACGUGGUAGAAGAUCGGGAAAUGCUGAAUAAAGAAGUUCCGGAACUUGAUCCUAGCCACGUUACGGAGCUAAGAAUGUUGGGACUCUACUGAGAUUCAUGCAUGAUUGGCAUAUCAAAUUAUCAUGCUUGGUACGGACAUGGGUGGCAUUAGGCAAAAGAGCUGCAAACUAUAUCUUACGCCAUACACCGAGUAAUGAUUAUUAUGGUUUACCAUUCAAGAGACAACUUUUCAACAUUAGGAUAAUGUCUUGUUCCACUUUAAUUUUGUUGGCGGUAUAAUUUUUUUUGUGGAAUUUUCAUAAAGUAAUAUAGUUCAACCUAAUUACCACAUGUAACUAUGGUUUUCCUAAUUACCUUUGUAGCUUAAUAUAUCGAUUUAGUUGUUUCAACACAUACCGUAUGGCUGUUUGUGUGUAUCAGUGAAUAUAAUUUUUAUUGAAAAGUUGUAUCAACUGUCUUAGUUUGUGCAUAAUGGUUGUAUCAAUGAAUACAGUUUUGAUG